UGCGCGCCGGCUCCCAUUCUUCCCGUGGCAGCGGGGCGGGCGCAGCCAUGCAGCGCAGCGGGCGCCGCCGCCGGCACUGAGCCCGCCCGGCCCCCGCCCCUCCGUACCGCCAGAAUGGACUGCUGAAUUGAGAAUUAUUGCAGACCCAACAGUACAGCACUGCUCAUUGCUUCAUCUAUCACUAGUUAUUUAAAUUGGACUUUUAAUAUCCUGCCAGCUGCUGUUCACACACACAUGCUGCAUUGUUGCCAUUCUCAGAAUUGCAUCUUUGAAACCCAGGCCCUCAGUAACCUUCACUGAACAAAGAAGUGACCUCCUGCGUACAUUCAUAGAGGGGUUUUUUGGACUGUCUGCCCUCUAGCUUUUUUGUUAGUGCUGUGUUUCUGAGACACUAUGGAGCCCAGUAUGGAGUACUGCUUAGCGCAGGUGCUGCAGAAGGAUGUUGGGAAGAGACUUCAGGUUGGUCAGGAAUUGAUAGAUUACUUCUCAGAUAAACAGAAGUCAGCUGAUCUGGAACAUGAUCAGACGAUGCUGGAUAAAAUGGUUGAUGGACUGGCCACCUCUUGGGUGAAUUCCAGCAAUUAUAAGGUGGUGCUGCUGGGGAUCGACAUCAUCUCCGCACUGGUGUCCCGCCUGCAGGACCGCUUCAAGGCUCAGAUCGGCACAGUGCUGCCCAGCUUGCUGGAUAGGCUGGGGGAUUCCAAGGACUCUGUGCGGGAGCAGGAUCAGACCUUGCUGCUGAAAAUCAUGGAACAGGCUGCUAAUCCUCAGUAUGUGUGGGAUAGGAUGUUAGGAGGAUUCAAACACAAGAAUUUCCGGACAAGAGAAGGGAUCUGUCUCUGCCUUAUUGCAACACUCAAUGCAUCUGGAGCUCAGAGUUUAACACUGAGUAAGAUAGUGCCACAUAUAUGUAACUUACUUGGAGAUCCGAACAGCCAGGUUCGAGAUGCAGCAAUAAACAGCCUUGUGGAAAUUUACAGACAUGUCGGUGAACGUGUAAGGGCUGAUCUCAGUAAAAAAGGAUUACCCCAAUCUCGAUUGAAUGUAAUUUUCACGAAAUUUGACGAGGUCCAAAAAUCUGGAAACAUGAUCCAGAGCUCAAGUGAUAAAAAUUUUGAUGAUGAAGACUCUGUGGAUGGGAACAGACCUUCCUCAGCUAACUCCUCUACAUCAUCAAAGGCCCCUGCAAACUCACGUAGAGUUGGAAUGGGGACUACUCGCAGGCUUGGGUCUGCAGCUCUGGGAUCCAAGUCCUCAACAGGCAAAGAGGGAGCAGGUGCUGUGGAUGAAGAAGACUUCAUUAAGGCAUUUGAAGAUGUCCCAACAGUUCAAAUUUAUUCUAGCCGGGAUCUUGAGGAAUCCAUAAACAAAAUAAGAGAGAUACUAUCUGAUGAUAAACAUGACUGGGAACAGAGAGUAUCUGCUUUGAAAAAGAUCCGCUCCUUACUGUUGGCUGGAGCUGCAGAAUAUGAUAACUUCUUCCAACACUUACGGCUCCUGGAUGGAGCAUUUAAAUUAUCUGCUAAAGACCUGCGAUCUCAGGUAGUGCGGGAAGCUUGUAUCACACUGGGACAUUUAUCAUCAGUUCUGGGAAACAAGUUUGAUCAUGGGGCAGAAGCCAUUAUGCCAACAAUUUUUAAUCUAAUUCCAAAUAGUGCCAAAGUCAUGGCCACUUCUGGUGUUGUAGCAGUUAGAUUAAUCAUUCGACAUACACACAUCCCCCGACUAAUACCCAUCAUAACCAGCAAUUGUACCUCCAAGUCUGUUGCGGUUAGAAGGCGCUGUUUUGAAUUUUUAGACCUGCUGCUGCAAGAGUGGCAAACCCACUCCCUAGAAAGACACAUAUCAGUGUUAGCUGAAACAAUAAAGAAGGGAAUUCAUGAUGCAGACUCUGAAGCCAGGAUAGAAGCAAGAAAGUGUUACUGGGGUUUCCACAGUCACUUCAGCAGAGAGGCAGACCAUUUGUACCACACCUUGGAGUCCUCCUACCAGAAGGCCCUGCAGUCGCAUUUGAAGAACUCUGACAGCAUUGUGUCCUUGCCACAGUCGGAUCGCUCCUCCUCCAGCUCCCAGGAGAGUCUCAACCGUCCACUGUCUGCCAAAAGAAGUCCUACUGGAAGUACUACAUCAAGAGCAUCUACAGUAAGUACAAAAUCUGUGUCAACACCAGGAUCUCUGCAGCGAUCCCGCAGUGACGUUGAUGUGAAUGCAGCAGCUAGUGCCAAGUCAAAAGUGACAUCUUCUGGAGCAUCCACCCCCUUCAGUUCUGCUGCAGCCCUGCCCCCAGGCUCAUAUGCAUCACUAGAUGGUACUACUACUAAAACUGAGGGUCGGAUUCGUACAAGGAGGCAGAGCUCUGGCAGUGCCACCAGCGUCACCUCAACACCUGCUGAUACCCGAGGCCGCAGCCGGGCUAAAGUGGUUUCCCAGUCCCAGCGAUCCAGAUCAGCUAAUCCUGCUGGUGCUGGUAGUCGGUCUAGUUCUCCGGGUAAGCUGUUAGGAAGCACCUAUGGUGGCUUGAGCAGUGGAACAUCCAGAGUUCAACCUGUGCCAUCAUCUUCAGAGAAGCGCAGCAAGAUCCCCCGGAGCCAGGGAUGCAGUCGAGAGACGAGUCCCAACAGAAUAGGACUAGCACGGAGCAGUCGUAUCCCCCGACCCAGCAUGAGUCAGGGGUGCAGCCGUGAUACCAGCCGUGAGAGCAGUCGAGAUACAAGCCCUGCUCGGGGCUUUCCUCCACUUGACCGGUUUGGACUCGGACAGUCAGGCAGGAUGCCUGCUUCUGUGAAUGCCAUGCGAGUCCUAAGCACAAGCACAGACCUGGAGGCCGCUGUGGCUGAUGCACUGCUGUUAGGAGACUCCAGGAGCAAGAAAAAGCCAGUGAGAAGAAGAUAUGAACCCUAUGGGAUGUACUCCGACGAUGACGCUAACAGUGAUGCAUCAAGCGCUUGCUCAGAGCGCUCCUAUGGUUCCAGGAAUGGAGGCAUUCCUCACUAUCUGCGGCAGACCGAAGAUGUGGCUGAGGUCCUGAACCACUGUGCCAGCUCCAACUGGUCUGAAAGGAAGGAGGGCCUCAUAGGUCUCCAGAACUUACUGAAAAGCCAGCGGACGCUGAGCCGAGUGGAAUUAAAAAGGCUGUGUGAAAUAUUUACUCGCAUGUUUGCUGAUCCUCACAGCAAGGUCUUCAGCAUGUUUCUGGAAACCCUGGUUGAUUUCAUCAUCAUUCACAAAGAUGACUUGCAGGAUUGGCUUUUUGUUCUCCUGACACAGUUGCUGAAGAAAAUGGGAGCAGAUUUGCUGGGCUCUGUGCAGGCAAAAGUUCAGAAAGCUCUGGAUGUCACCAGGGAUUCUUUUCCAUUUGAUCAACAAUUUAACAUUUUGAUGAGGUUUAUUGUGGAUCAGACGCAAACACCAAACCUCAAGGUGAAGGUAGCUAUCCUGAAAUAUAUUGAGUCCUUGGCAAGACAGAUGGAUCCGACGGACUUUGUGAACUCUAGUGAGACAAGACUUGCUGUGUCUAGAAUUAUAACUUGGACAACAGAACCAAAGAGCUCAGAUGUGAGAAAGACCAUGCAUAGUUGGGUAGGUGAGGAUUUGCCAGCUAGGACAACUACAGCUUCCUCAGGGCCCGGUGAAGGAAACUUGGAAGAAAAAUGUAAACAGGCAGCACAAAUAGUCCUGAUUUCUCUCUUUGAACUGAACACUCCCGAGUUUACCAUGUUACUUGGUGCCUUGCCAAAAACAUUCCAGGAUGGUGCUACCAAGCUCCUGCACAACCACCUCAAGAACUCCAGUAACACCAGUGUGGGUUCCCCCAGCAAUACUCUUGGUAGGACUCCUUCUCGGCACUCCAGCAGCAGAACCAGCCCCUUGACUUCACCUACCAACUGUUCCCAUGGUGGGCUGUCUCCAAGUCGGUUCUGGGGUUGGAGUGCAGAUGGGCUGUCGAAGCACCCCCCUCCCCUUUCUCAGCCUAACUCCAUCCCCACCGCUCCUUCCCACAAGACUUUCAGACGCUCUUAUUCUCCCAGUAUGCUGGAUUAUGACACGGAGAACCUAAAUUCUGAUGAAAUCUACAGCUCUCUUCGUGGAGUCACAGAAGCAAUUGAAAAGUUUAGUUUUCGUAGUCAAGAGGACCUGAAUGAACCAAUCAAACGUGAUGGGAAGAAAGACUGUGACAUGGUGUCUCGAGAUGGUGGCCUUGCAGUACCUACCAGUGAUGUCCGAGGAGGCAGUGAUACUGUAGAAGGAGGAAGGAUGGCUCUAGAUAACAAAACCUCCCUACUUAACACACAGCCACCCCGCGCCUUUUCAGGGCCACGAGCUCGAGAGUAUAACCCCUAUCCUUAUUCCGACACAAUUAACACUUAUGACAAGACUGCCCUCAAGGAAGCAGUUUUUGAUGAUGACAUGGAUCAGCUUCGGGAUGAAGUACCCAUUGACCAUUCAGAUUUGGUGGCUGACCUUCUGAAAGAGCUCUCUAAUCACAAUGAGCGGGUGGAGGAGCGGAAAGGAGCUCUCCUGGAGCUGCUGAAAAUCACAAGGGAGGAUAAUCUUGGAGUUUGGGAGGAGCAUUUCAAAACCAUUCUGCUCUUGCUCCUGGAAACGCUUGGAGACAAAGAUCAUUCAAUACGAGCGUUGGCAUUGCGAGUCCUUAGAGAAAUCCUACGGAAUCAGCCAGCAAGGUUCAAAAACUACGCAGAGUUGACCAUCAUGAAGACACUGGAAGCACACAAGGAUUCCCACAAGGAGGUCGUCAGAGCUGCUGAGGAAGCUGCUUCUACCCUGGCAAGCUCCAUCCAUCCUGAGCAAUGCAUCAAGGUGCUUUGCCCCAUCAUUCAGACAGCAGAUUAUCCAAUUAAUUUAGCUGCCAUCAAGAUGCAGACAAAGGUCAUAGAGAGGAUUUCCAAGGAAUCAUUGCAUCAACUCCUUCCUGAUAUUAUUCCUGGAUUGUUACAGGGUUAUGAUAAUACAGAGAGCAGUGUCCGUAAAGCUAGUGUAUUUUGUCUGGUGGCAAUUUAUUCAGUAAUUGGUGAAGAACUGAAACCUCAUCUCGCACAACUCACAGGAAGCAAGAUGAAGCUACUAAACUUGUACAUAAAGAGGGCCCAAACUACCAACAGCAACAGCAGCUCCUCUUCAGAUGUUUCAACGCACAGUUAAUGGAGAUAUGUGGACAUAUGUGUAGACUUAGAAGCAAUCAACGGUGCCUCUCAGAGACCUUUCUGCUACUCUUCACUGGCGCACUUCAUCAGCUAAAGGAGGCCAUGCAGAUAUUUAUUGCAAUCAGUAUUCUAGUCCCUUAAAGCUUUCAUGUAAAACCUUACUGGUAUUGAAUGUAAAGGAAGCAAGGUCUGUGUUGCAGUCUUCAUUAAAAGUGAACAACAGAAAGCCAUACUUAAACAUAUUGUAUAGCCUGCUGAAAUCUUGGAAAUAUGUUUAGGUUAGCAUUCCAAAAGAGUCAAAAAACCUGGAUACGCGUAAAAGUUAAACAAAUCUUGGUUUAGUUCAUACCCAGUUUUGGUUUCUGUGCGCUAGUUACUGCUCUUUCCCUGUGGCCGCAGCCUUUCUGGCUAGGAUCUCCUCUCACAAGUCCUGUGGUCCUGUUUUGUACUUCCUAUCGCAGCUUGCCUAAUGUGCAGGGUUCUCCACGAGGAGAUCUUUGCUGAUGUGGCUGUGGUUCCAGCCUCUAAUGCUUUAAUACUGAGAUAUCAAGUGAGUAAUGAAAAAGUAGGUUCUUUUUAAAUAUCUGAGUUUUCUGUAUAUAGUUCUUCUGACAGACCUCUGAUGGCUGAUCUCUCUAACUGCUCUCCAGCCAGCUGUGCUUUGUAGAGCAACUGGGCUCUCGCUACUUUUGUUGACUGUAAAUAUUUCCCCUCUUCCAACCCAUUUGGCUCUUUCAUGUGCUCGAGACUCUUCAGGUUACUUGUUACUCCCCAAAGGGAACCUCAGAUGUUGUUCUGAGACUGGUGCCUGCGUUUGGACAUGAGCACAGUGGGUGUUGGAUUGGGCUUGGGUGCAUCCUUGGGUGGACAGUCAGAGCUGCCAAGGCUGUAUUGCAGUGCUGCCUUGUGAGGCUGGCUGAGUUCUUCCUGAAGUCUGUAGCGUCAAAGGAUUGAUCUGCCACUUUAACCGGGACCCAUCGAUGUUGGUGGUAAAUGGCUUUAUCCACACAAAUCCAGUGUGCUUUGGGCAGACUGUUCAUCCAAGAGGACAGAAAGGGAAUCUGAAGCUGGACAAAACAACCCUGUGGAAGCUAAGAGUUGGCUGGGAUAGUGCUGCUCACCUGCUGCUGUUCCUGUCUUGUGCCCGAAGAGCCUGCAGUGCUGUCUUCUGCCUUUAGAAGCCUCCUUCUUCCCACGCACAACCCUGCUGGGUGCUUUGCAUUUUGGAGGGAUGUGCUAGACUGUGACACAGACCAGGUAAGAGCCAAACCAGCAGCAGCAGGUACCCCAAAGCACCGUCCUGCUCCAAGCUUCUGUUGGCAGUGGCUGAGUGCCUGCUGCUUGUGACUGGGGGGAGCAGGAGGAUGCUUGUGCUGCGUUUGGCCCUAGGCUGGAUCCUGGCUGACAGACAGGCCCACCCCAACCUGCCAUGGAUGAGAACUGGGUUUUUUCCCCCAGUGACAGUGAUUGCAGGAGGAUGAUGGACCUGCAGUGUGUGUUCCCAGGCUGCUCUCAGUGCCUUGGUCUCUCUGCAGCCCCCUUCAUUUCCCCUUUGAGGAGCUGAAGGGACACCUUGGUAGCAGACUCAGUGGCAGCAUGUGAGCAUUGCCAGAACUGCAGCAGGGAAGCACAGUAAAGAGGAUAAAGCCUUGCGGCCCUCCCUCUCCAUCAGUUUGUGCUCCUGUAGCUCAGCCCCAGCCAUGAGGAGUUGUGCUGGAAGGUGCUGACUGGUGCAGCUCCAGAAGAGCUGAGGUUUGUGAGGCUUUCCCAGCCUCGUCACCUGGCUGCCGUGGCAGCAGAGGUGACCUGUUCCUGAGGUCAUUGGGAUGAGUCCAGGCUUGGGCUGACUGCAGGGCUUGAUCCCUUAUGCUCCCCAGUGCUGUGGCCAGAGGGGAAACCCGUGGUCUGGUAGUGGGAUUCCUCCAGGCCCUCUCUGCUGGCUCAGAAGAGCCAUCCUUGCUUGGGAGAGGAUUGGCUGCUCCAUGGUUGGUGUCUCCCUGUCCGUGGACCAUUCCUUUUCAACACCUUUCAGUAUGCUUGUUAGAGUUUUGUGUGUUUUUUUUUUUUUUUUUUAUUUUUAAUUUUUUUGAAUGAUUCAAAUUAUUUUAGUUUAAUGUGAAUUUAUUUUCCCUUUUGAGGAAAUGUUCAGCCAACUCGUUGGCAGCAGUUAGCUGUCUUGUUUGAAUUUUAGUAGUGGGUUUGGGUUUUUUUUUCCUUUUUUUUUUUUUUUUUCUCCCCAAUUUUUACUCUAACUGCUUACUAUUUAUGCCUCUCUUUCUCCCCAUCUCAGUUCACCAUCUUCUGUUCCAGUCCUGGGGUUCAGCAGUCAGCAUAGCUGACUACAUGGCGCUUAGUUCCUUCCAGCUGUGAUGGAGCUUUUUGGGGUUUUUUGUUUUGUUUUGUUUAGGUUUUUUUUGAAUGGCACACUGUAGCAAACCUCCAGGAAUUGAAUUCCUUCUCAAAUGAUUUUGUGUUUUAUAAAAUCCUGUUAGUAUGCACUGAGAGUGAACGCACUGUAAUGUCCCUGAACUGACCCUGGCGCCUGUGCUGACACUAAAGAAGGAGUUAACAGCUCGUCCUAUGGGAAUAGGUGUGAAAUCUGCCGUGCUUUGUGGCUGCAGAGGUGAACGCCUGUUUCUCGGAUACCAUUGGCACACGUGGGGCUGCAAAAUAGUAGAACCAGGCCUUACUUUCGUAAUCAGAUGCCGUUCUGUUUGUCAACAGAUGCUCAUUGUGUUCCUUUCUUUCAUUACGUGAGUCAGUCGAGGACUGUUCAUCCUUUGAGUACUCUAGAAGUAUGUUAUACCUGUAUACAGUAGGGGGCAUUCUGCUUAGGUAUUUAUAAAACAUUGCGUAUAAUGUACAUAGUAGGGUCGUUUAGUAUGUUGAACAUGAUCUUUUUUUUCCUUUGAAGUACUCAAAGGGCUAGCUCUGAAUGUCACCUCUCUGAUCUCAGCAUUCUGACUUCAAACAGCUGUACAAUCGUUUUGUUCUCUCUUCAGCAAGCAUAAAGGUCUCUCUGGCUACAGACCGCAGUGUCCACGCAUGUUUGCAGAGAACGAUCUGCAUGCGGGCAGUGCCUCACCGCACCGGUGAAGCUUGUGUUCACCCUCUCCCAGCAGUAGCCAUCUACUGCAGCUGCCUUUUUUUCCUUGCUGCCCAUUAUGCAGGGCUUCAACUUUUCAUACUUUAAAAAAAAAAAAAAAAAAAAAAAAAAAGUGUUUUUCUUUUUUCCUUGCCCACCAUGCUUUAAGUCUGAAUGGGAGAGAACUCUCAGCAGACAGCGAGCGGCUCCUGGCUGCAAGGUUGCAGAAAUAUCUCAGAUGCGGAUGCGUUUUUCUGCCAUUGGCUGCGCCGGUGCUCCGUGGGCAUGGGCGAAUAUGGAUCCAUCUGCCCCCUGGUCUGCGUACCGUAGUUCUCAUGUAGUGCAGAAUUAUCGAGGCAUGUGGCUUUCUUAAGGUACACUAUGUGUGCUUGCCUGGAUUACAAUACGAGACUGUCUUUUUUUAUCGCUUACUACUAGCUUUCCAAUAACCUCUAUAAGUAACCUAACUCACAUCUUUGUCAUCCGAACCUUUUCUCCCCACCCCUUUAUUUAUCAAGCAUAAUAUUACAUGCUAAGGGACAGGAAAAUAGACCUUUGUAGAAUACAGCAGAACAAUGUUGCUAACAAUGUUUGAAAUGGGAAUUAAAACCUCUCUAAAAACGCCAGCCUUGAGAAAUGACUUUGUUGGCACCGUGUUCAUGCGCAUGUAUUUUUUUCUAUUUUUUCUGCUUUUGUCAUGUUUCAUCCAUAUCUGUAUUUAUAUCUUGUUUGUUUCACUUUUGAGUGUAUCAUGGCAAUUGUACAGAUGUUUUUUUGUUAACAUUUACGUGAUAGAAUUUGCUAAAAAAAAAAAAUAAAAAAAUAAAAUAAAACCUUUUGAGUUUGCCCUAGA